AUGGGACAACAACAAACCUCAACAACCCAGCAGUCACCAUCAUUGUUUAAAGAAACAAUUCCAACUAAUAAUUCUUCUUCAUUAUCUAAUAACGAUCAAGAUGGAUUAAAUCAAGUAUUUUCAUUUAAAAAUAGUAUUCAUUUUCAAAUGACAAUUCCAAAACAAUUAUAUGAUAUAAAUAGUAAUGAUGAAAAAGUAUCACAAUUAACAAUGAUGGCAUGGAUUAAACCUACUAAAUCUGGAGAUGUCAGAAUAUUUGAUUCAUAUGUAACCACAUUUACAUGUAUCCACAUACAUGUAAUUUAUCCAUAA